ACAAAGAAGGAACAUUUAUACACAUGGCGAAUUGAACUGGCAAAAACAGAAAAGUACUGGGAUGGCUGGUUCAGGGGUUUAUCUAACCUCUUCCUAAGCUGUCCAACUCCAAAGCUUUUGCUUUUAGCUGGUGUUGACAGGCUGGAUAAAGAUCUAACAAUUGGACAGAUGCAAGGCAAGUUUCAGAUGCAGGUCCUCCCACAGUGUGGCCAUGCAGUCCAUGAAGAUGCUCCAGACAAGGUUGCUGAGGCUGUUGCGACGUUCUUGAUCCGUCACAGGUUUACAGAGCCCAUCGGUGGAUUCCAGUG